AAGAGAGAUUUUCAACCCUUUAUAAAAAAUUAUUCGUCCUCACCGAGAAGCUUAGCUUGGCUAGGCUUCCCUGCAUAACUCUUUGAUAAGGAUACAUUACUUGUUUAUAACCCCAAAUCUCUCUGCCAGUCCUAAGAUAGACGCCAAGAGGGAGAGAGAGAGAGAGAGAAAGGAUCUGAGUUUGGGUAUGGGGAAAUGUGAAGCCGCUUGAGAGGCCUAAUUUUCUUCUACCUUCUUCUUAUAACCCAAAUCAUUUCCAUUUUUACCCAUUUAUCAUCUCAAUCCCACCAUAAUCAUCAUUAUUAUCAUUUAAGCUUUAGAAGAAGAAGACAUGAAAGGAACAUACUGUUGUUGUUGUUGUUUUAUAUUGACUCUGCAAUUAGCUUGUUGGGUUUCUGCAGCAACCACAACUUUUGCUCUCCUUCCUCAUAAACAACAAGGUUUCAAUGUUGAUUCUGUGAAGGCUGUUGAAGAAGGUGUAGUAAAAGAGGGAGAAGUUUAUAGAGGGAUGAGGAAAAUAGGGUCGAGUCCGCCGAGCUGUGAGCACAAAUGCUAUGGUUGCACACCAUGUGAAGCCAUUCAAGUGCCUACCAACAACAGGCGCAGCCAUGUGGGGAUCCAAUACACUAACUAUGAGCCUGAGGGAUGGAAAUGCAAGUGUGGCCCUUCCUUUUACAGCCCUUGAUUUGAUUCUAAACCUGAGAGAGAAAAUUAAUAAGUAUUAGAAUAACCUCCCUUUUCCUUCAUUUUUCUUUUUAAUUUACUUCCUAUAUAAACAAACUUCAUUCAAACUUCAAUUUUGAAUAUCUUCGAGGUUUAGUGUUACUCAA